AUGGUUUCCAAUUCCAAUUCCGUCAGUGAUCAGGAGUUCCUUCUCCGCUGUAUCGAACAUGUCCACGGCGAUCUUAAGAUCAACUUUGACAAAGUCGCAAAAGACCUUGGCUACGCCUCCGCCGCUGUCGCAGCAAACCGCAUGCGUAACUUACGAAAAAAACUUCAAGAAAAAAAGGAUGAAAAAGAGGCCAAGGCCGAUAAUACUAGCUCCCAAGUCAAGAAAGUCAAAGAAACGGACGAGAAGCCAAAGGCUAAGCGUGGAAAGAAAAGAAAAAUCGAAGAAACCACUUCGAAAUAUGAAAACGAAGACAAGAAGGCUGAGGAUGGAGAAUAA